GGUUCAUCAUCAUGAUAGUAAAAUUAUUAAUUUGGCUUUGGCCACAUUGAACUUAUAAAUGGCGGCCAUUCCGUAUGUUGCAAAAUUGAUUCCAGGAAAAAUAAAUCAUCCACUAUCAAUUAUAUCGGUACCUCAUCUGCAAGAUAUCGCAUCUCGCUGCGUCGCAUAAGCCAAUCUACUUCUUAGCGCGCUUGAAACCCCGCAAUAUCGACUAUUAUAAACGCCGACAAGACAAAACAAUCCUCUGAAACCUAUAGAACCUCUUGUUUUUAUUAAUAAAUCAUCAUCAUCAUGUCUAUUCAAUCCGCCCAUGUGGGAAUCACUUGGAUUCCUCUCAAGGACAUCUUGAGACCGAUCCAACCUGUCCUCGACGAAUCCAAAGUCGAGUCGAUGGUUUGCACUCUUGCGAACCCCGCGGAGAAGUACACCUACCGACCUGACGCCGACGAGUCCGAGACGCCUUUGCCCGCUGUCGAUGUGUUGCAGUAUCGUCGACCCGAGGCCGAAGGCAGACCGGAGCGCAUUUUCAACUUCGCCAUGGGUUCUUGUCACAGACUCUCGGCUUAUACGCGCUCAGAAACGGAAAAGGUCCCAGCAAAGGUGCACAAGGUCACCUUGUCCCAGCUGAAAAUGUACCUGGGCGCAAGCGUUGAGCGCAUCGUCAGCGAGUAGGUGAAUCAUUGUCAUAUUCACGUACCUGCGCAACUGGGGGAGAGAAGAGCCGGGAGGGUUCAAGCAAUGCGGGGAAGUCAAUGGUCGAGAGCAGCGAAAUGGAGUUGACGAUUGCAUUUCUCUACAGCCGCGUGAGGGAACGGUGUACCUGCCAUCCACUUCGAGAGACAAAGUCACCCCGCUCUGCUGGUAACCCGUGGAGGAUCCGUCUAUGCAUGCGCGGCAGAGUUAAUAAGCCGUCCUCUGUCCUACGUCGUCGACAGUAAUCCGUCGGGCACGAGCGUUCGAUUAUCAGACCUGUUUAUUGCGACAAUGGCCUGUAAUUGUGCGUUUCUUUAAGUGCAUCUGUUCGACACAGCAUAACUAUUGUACGAAUCCAC